AUGGCCACCCAACUAUCACCAAAGAUCCUGAAUAUGUCCUGGGGCUCCAUCGAAGUCGAAAAAAUGGCUGAUGGGAAAGUCGUGCCCGGUGAAUCUCUCAAAUAUCGCGACUUGAAGGUUUGGCCCGGUGGAAGCCGCAGCUGGGAUUGGAAUGAAUGUGGAACUUCACACUGGGGAGGAAUCACUGUUUGUAAUGUUGCGGAGUUGCGGGAGAAGAAAGUGGACACAAUUGUUCUGAGCCGCGGACGAUGGGGUUUCCUCUCUGUUCCGCAGACUUUGGUGGAUGAACUACAGAAGGCAGGCUUCACGGUAGUUGUGGAGUGGACUUCUCAAGCGAUGACCACUUACAACACAUUAGUGAAGGAGGGCAAAGCUGUUGCCGGUCUCAUUCAUACCACCUGCUAA